AUGGGCAAACGGCGUGGAGCGGUUUCAGGCUUGUCCCUUUUCGCCAAGGAAGCGUUCGGUGACCAGCUUCUUACACCAUCGGCACUCAAUGACAGCUCGGCACCUCCUUCGAAACGCCGCAAAGUAGAACUACUAAGGUCUAGUCGGGGUCGGUACGAUGCGACGGGCCUAGUCCCGUUCUACAGGGAAGAAGAGGAAGUUCCUGCAGAGUUGAGAAAGUACUUUUCCCAGCGCCUCCGCCUGUUCUCGCUCUACCCUCGCGGCGCAUUGCUCGAUCCCGUCGGCUGGUUUUCCGUCACUCCUGAAGCUAUCGCCGCAAAUAUUGCCGAGCGCUGUCGAUGUGAUACUAUCCUCGACGCGUUCUGCGGGGUUGGAGGGAAUGCGAUCCAAUUUGCUUUGCGCUGCGAGAGAGUGAUUGCUCUCGAUACAUCUACCACCCGCCUCCGUCUCGCCCGACACAACGCUGCGCUCUACGGUGUCGCCGACCGCAUCGAGUUCAUCCUCGCGGAUUACGUCGAUUUUGCGAGAUCCUACGCAUCUCUGCUAACACAGACGAUGCGGGGGUCAGGAAAUACAGCAACGGAUAGCGUGCACCGGAAGAUUGACGUGGUCUUCCUGAGCCCGCCUUGGGGCGGCCCUGGAUAUAUCGAUGGUGCUCCUCACCCGGAGUAUUCCCUACGCGACAUCCAGCCCAUCCCGGGCAAGGAGCUCUUCGACCUCACGCGGCAGAUAACGCCCCACGUUGCGUACUACCUCCCGAGGAACGUCAGCAUGGAGGAGGUUGCGGCGCUCCUGCCGGAGAAGAUCGAGGUGGAGGAGCAGUGGAUGGGGAACAAGCUCAAGGCAGUGUGCUGCUAUUUUGGGGGACUUGUGAGUGGGCAGGAGGAUAUGUGGUGA